GGCUACCUACCUAGUGUGGGCGUGUCUGGCGUCUGCCGUUUCUGGUUUGUCGAUUUAUAAUAUGAAAUCAUAACUCAUAAAUCAUAAUGGAAGCGGAAUACCAAUUCACCGUGGGAAAAAUAGCUCUUGAAGAAAUUGUGUAUUUGGAAGUCUUGAGAGCUUUAGAAGAAGUUGAAAUUAAAGCUGUAGGGAAUCAGCCCAGGCAAUAUUAUAAUGCCCAAAAUUUUAUGGAAUGUUAAUUUACAUAGAAAAUAUAAAUUAGGUAACAAUGUGUUAGCCUAUGAUAAGGGUUUGUUGUAUGAGGCAAAAGUUUUAAGGCGGCGCAAGACAGACAUUUGUGGAGACAUUGAAUAUUUUAUUCAUUUCAGAGGCUUCAAUUCAAAAUGGGAUCAAUGGAUUGAUUAUGAUGAAGUGUUGGAGAUUAACGACACUAAUGUGGGACACAAGAAGAGGCUAAUAGAUAGAUUAAAUAUUCCAAAAAAACAAAUAUCCAAACAACCAAAUUCUUCUAAGAAUUCUUCGCCAAAACUAGUAUUGAAAAAAAAUGGUUAUGUCUCUAAUAUUAUCUCUAACACCAUUCCAUAUUCAAAGUUAUUACAAAUACUUCUUGCUGACAAAUUACGCAAUAUUGCUGUACCACACAUUUUACGGAAAGCAAUGUUUUUGGAUUUUGUAAUGAACAACACAUUCCAAAAGUUAUUAAAAUUUCCAGAGAAACAUUUUUUGUCAGAAAUUUUGUACGCCUUCACUCAAUCAUCUUAUUUUAAAGACGAUAGCCAAAAGAAAACUUCAACGAUGUUAUGUGUAACUUAUAUGCAAUAUUUUAAUACUACUGUUCACACAUAUUAUAUAUUAUACAACAACGAGAAAAGAUACAGAAUAUACGAUAAGGUAAUAACAAAAAAUCAAUCAUGUAAUAUAAAGCAUGUUUUAAUAGAAGGUCAUAAUUUAAUAAUUUCCGUUUUUAAAUAUUUAACAUUCUAAGAACUUCAGAAUCUGAACAGAGAUGAAUGUAUUGA